AUGUCUGACAACGAACUUGCCAUUGUUUACGCUGCCCUCAUCCUUGCCGAUGACGGGGUUGAGAUCACCGCUGAGAAAUUACAAACUUUGACGAAAACUGCAGGUAUCGAUGUUGAACCUGUUUGGGCUAAUUUGUUUGCUAAAGCCCUUGAAGGAAAAAACGUUAGUGACCUAUUGAUGAAUGUUGGAUCUGAAGAGGAGAAACCAGCGGAUGGAGGAGAAUCAUCGGACGAAGAUAUGGGACUAGGUAUGUUUUUUAUAACACUUUACGAAUCACUUUAUGAAUUUAGAUUUGAAUCAUAG